CAAAAGAAGAUCUAGUUUGCAGUAGCUGUCCGGUGUCACCGUUUUUCGGCCCAGAAGAAGUUUCAGAGCUUCAUUGAAGAAGAACAAGAGAGCCAAACGCUAUAUUUGGAUGGCGUCGUCUACAUCGAGGAUUGCUUUCCGCAUUGUCUUGAUCGUUCUAUUCUUUCUUCUUCUCUUCUACAUGGGUCGCCCUCUCUACUGGAAAAUCUCCGCCACCAUACAUGAUAUCCGCCAGAACAAACAGACCGUCCGAGAAGGUCUUUCUCAGAUCGUUAUGGAAGCUCAGAGAUCGGUGGGUUGGUACCGCGACGAGUUCGACUCGGGGGUUCGUGCUACUACCCGGAAGCUGCUUCUGGAUCAGGUUUAUCGAAGGGUUGUUGGUUGAUUUGAGAAUUUCUAAGGGAAAAAAAAAAGUUGGAAAUAAGAGAGGGGGUUUUGUCUUUUUCGAGAUUUGGUGAUCUAGUUAGUUUAUUUUAUCGGUGAUAAUAGAGGUAGAGGUAUCUUAUUGAAGUAGCUGAUGAAUGUAGAAUGCUAGAUUGGAGACAUUCUGGGCAAAAUAAAAUAUGAAUGUUUACUUCAUUGUUGAUAGUGGAAUAAAGGUUGUUAGUUUCUGAGUUUUGCGCAGUGAAA